AUGAGACGUAACUUUAUGUGCAAGACUCUUUUUUUAUAUUCACUUUUUAGCCUGACCAAUUUAGUAAAUUAUUCAAAGAUUUAUUGUGAUGCCAAAGCAGAACAAGAUCACGUUAAGGCAUUGACUGAUGAGACUUUUGAUAAAUUUAUAAGCCAACAUAAGUUGGUGAUGGUAAAAUUUUACGCAGACUGGUGCGUCCAUUGUAAGAGUAUGGCCCCCGAAUACGCCCAGGCAGCUAAAACACUACACGAAGAGAAGUCGGAAGUAGUGCUCGCAAAAGUGAGAAACGAAGAAGGGCAGAAGUUGAUGGAAAAGUACUCAGUGAGAGGAUUCCCAACAGUUUACUUCUUCAAAAACGGAACAGAAUUGGAAUUCAAUGGCUCCAGAGACGCCAAGGGGAUAGUAGAUUGGGUUAAGGAAAUGUCGAAGCCAGGAGUGACCUUCCUGGAAGACCCUUCGGCACUGCCAACUGACUAUACCUACGUACUGUCGUACACAAACUACACGCUGGCAGACGCAGAGUCGCAGAACGUAAGCGCACUGUACGCAAAGUACCUGAAGGAGUCAGACAAGUACCGAGCAUACGCGAAGUUCUAUAACCUGGAAUCAACACACAAGGACGCAUCCUCAUGGAAUAAGUGGAGAAAGACGAAGGAGUGGGAACACUGGAAGACAUUCUCGAAGAAGCAGCCGGAGUGGCACAAAGUAGUGGAGGCACUGGAAAAGAAGGAGGAGGAGUACAAGAACAAGGAGCUGAAGGAGGAGUACGUAGUGUACCACCCAGGAGAGGGGUACACGAGGUUCGAAGGAAGCACGGAGGAGGAGCUGGAAAAAUUCCUAGCGGCGGAAACGCUGGACCUCUUCUCAGAAAUAUACCAGGAAAACUACAUGUUCUACCUGUCGUCAGGGCUGGACCUGGGCUGGUUCUGCGGAACCAAGGAGGACUACGAAAAACACAAGGAAGUGUUCAGAAAGGUGGGCAGAGCGCUGAGGCACCAGAGCACGUUCGUGUGGGUGGACUCGGAAAAAUUCACAACCAUCAAGGAGGUGUUCGUGCUCACAGAGCUGCCAGCACUGGCGUAUCAAACGGCCUCAGGACGCUACCUGCUGCAGCCGAACACGCCCUCAGCAGGGAAGACGUACUCGUUCAGCACAUUCGAAAAGGUGCUCGAGUUCUACCACGACGUUAAGACGGGCACAGUGCCCAAGUCGGUGCGCAGCGAGGAGGAGCCGAAGGACAACACGGGCCCAGUGAAGGUCGUGGUAGGAAACACGCUCGAGAAGCUGUUCACGGAGAAGAAGAACGUGCUGCUGAUGAUACACGCGCCGCACUGCCAGCACUGCAAGUCAUUCCUGCCAGUCUACGAGGAGUUCGCGACCACGAACAAGGACAACGACUCGCUCAUCUUCGCAAGCUUCAACGGGGACGCAAACGAGUCGAGCGUGGACGAAGUUAACUGGGAGGCAUUUCCAACGCUCCUCUACUUCAAGGCGGGCGAAAGGGUGCCCGUGAAGUUCUCGGGCGAGAGGACUGCCGAGGGCCUGAGGGAGUUCGUGGUCCAGAACGGCGGACUCGUGCACGACGUCCACACCGAGCUUUAA